GUUCCUCUUCUUGCAGUGCUCUGCUCGCACAUCCACCGUUUUUUUUUUUGCUUUCUGGUUCUGCGUUUUUCAGUAUUUUUUUUUUUUUUUUUUUUGGCUCCCCUUCCUUUCCGAAAGCUUCCUUUCGUUCUUCUCAUUCACCUGCUUUUUCAUUCCACUCUACUGCGACCAUGGUUGACUUGGCCAUCUCGUCCAGAAACUCGGCAGCGAGAACGCGCCACUCUGGCAGACGACAUGUUGCUGGGAUGCUGGCGGUGGUGGCAAUUGUGUCGGCGGUUUGUGCUGCACUUUUCGCCGCUCCCACCGUCGCUCAGGCGUCGGCAAAGAAGCUGCCCGGACCAGGCGAUCGUGCAAUGUGGGUUUGGGGCGGCAUCACGUUCAGCAGCCAGGCCAGUAUCACCAGCUUUCUCGAUUUUGUCAACGCUCCGCACGGCUAUCCGGGUUUGUCCAUCAAUCGAAUUUUGCUCGCCUGCGGAAGCAAGUACCUCUCGGGCUCCAGUGCGACCCAGAUGCGCAGCUUUAUUCAGCAGGCCCACGCUCGCGGCGUUCUUGUCGAGUAUCUCGAUGGCGAUGCGCAGUGGACGACCAGUGCGUCGCUCGCCUCGACCCCCAAAAAUCUCGUUUCGCAGGUCAUUGCGUUCAACAAGGGCACCGCCGACGUAACGGAUGACUUUGACGGCAUUCACCUGGACAUUGAGCCCCAUGUGCUGGGUGCGCUUUGGACGAGCAACAGCGCGGGUGGCACGGACAAGUACAACAACCUCCUCGAAGACAACAUGCUCGCCAUCUACCGCGCCUGCAAGCAGCUGAUUGUGGCGGGUGACCCAAAGAUGACGCUUGCGGCUGACAUUGGUGUUUGGUACGUCUCUGCCGCCACCGACAUCUGGAACGGAUUUAUGAACGACCAGUCCGUCGACUACCUCGGCAUCAUGGACUACACGGACAACCAGCCAACCUACCAGACUCAAGCCCUGGCCAACUUGAAGGCUGUCAAGGGCAACAUCAAGAUUAUGGUUGGCGUUGAGUCGAUUGAUCCCAAUUCGGCACCCGAUGAGCAGUCCUUCUAUCAAGAAGGCUAUGGUCCGCUCGAGGCGCAACUCUUGAAGACCAGCACUGCACUCAAGGCAUACUCUUCGUGGGGUGGAUAUGCCAUUCACCACUAUGGCAGCUACUCGACUCUCGGAUACUGGCUGCAGGGCGCUGCGCCGGCGAUUCCGGCGGCCUGGAAGAGCCCUCGACCCGACUACCCGAGCUACGGAACGUCCACUGGCACAACCACCAAGAGCACGACGACCAAGACCUCAACGUCAACCUCCACCUCAAAGUCAACCUCCACCUCCACUUCGACAUCCACCAAAACCAGAACAUCGACCUCGACUUCGACCUCCAAGCCGACUGGCGGCUCAACCGGGACGGGAGUUAUCACGACCGGAAAGAAGAUGCCUGGACAAGGCGACCGUGCAAUGUGGGUCUGGGGCGGUAUCACGUACAGCAGCCAGGCCAGCAUCACCAGCUUCCUCGACUUUGUCAAUGCCCCGCAUGGCUAUCCCGGUCUGUCCAUCAACCGAAUUCUCCUGUCCUGCGGCACCAAGUACUUGUCGGGCACUGGCGCGACCCAGAUGCGCAGCUUUAUUCAGCAGGCUCAUGCUCGUGGCGUUCUUGUCGAGUACCUUGAUGGCGAUGCGCAGUGGACGACCAGCGCGGCGCUCGCGGCAACUCCGAAAAACGUCGUGUCCCAGGUCAUUGCGUUCAACAAGGGCACAUCCGAUGCCACAGAUGACUUUGACGGCAUUCACCUGGACAUUGAGCCCCACGUUUUGGGAGCGCUUUGGACGAGCAACAGCGCGGGUGGCACGGACCAGUACAACAACAUGCUUGAGGACAACAUGCUUGCCAUUUACCGCGCGUGCAAGCAGCUGAUUGCCGAGGGCGAUCCCAAGAUGACGCUUGCGGCCGACAUUGGCGUCUGGUAUGUCACCUCUGCCACCGACAUUUGGAAUGGCUUCAUGAAGGACCAGUCUGUCGACUACCUGGGCAUUAUGGACUACACCGACCAGCAGCUUCCGUUCCAAAACAAGGCCAUCCAGAACCUGAAGGCCGUCAAGGGCAACAUCAAGAUCAUGGUUGGCGUGGAAUCCAUUGAUGAGAACUCUGCACCUGAUGCACAGUCGUUCUGGCAAGAAGGCUAUGGUCCUCUGGAAGCCCAGUUGGCUACCUCCAGCACCGCUCUCAAAGCAUAUUCGGCCUGGGGAGGCUACGCCAUCCAUCACUACGCCAGCUACUCGGUUCUUGGGUAUAAUCUGAAGGGAGCCGCGCCUGCCAUUCCCGCUGCGUGGAAGAAGCCCAGAGCGGAUUACCCCAACUAUGGCUCGGUGACGGUGCCCGGUGAAGAAGAGGAAGAAGAAGUCGUCGUACCAAAGCCCUCAAAGUCGGCGACCCCUCCUGUCAACACUGACUGCGUGUGCCGCCCCAACAGACGUGAGGCCACAGACGAGGAAGACAUGGCCGUGAACUACGCCGCUGAGGAUGCGCAUUCCAAGAGCGGGUCCAACACCCAGCUCAUGGUUGUUGCAGCGCUCGGGUGGGGCGUGGCUUCUGUUGGUAUUCUCAACAUGCUCGUCACUGAGCGACGCCGUCGUGCCGAAAAUGCAGCAGCCCUGGCAGCCAACAUGUGA